CUAUAACUAUAAUAUCAGUUUCUGUGAGCAUGCUGACUGGUCUCAUGUAGGGAUCCAAUACCUGCAAGCAAAACACAAGCAGUUUCGAUAUAGGCUACAGCAUUACUGUACUUUUAGCUACAGGGAGGUGGUAGGCCACAAGAUAUACUAGCUGCAACAACAUAAUAAUUAUAGCUAUAGCUAGGGAUACCUACUAACUGUCUACCAUUGAAGAGAGACUACCCAUGACCUCCAUGCUGUGUGGACUAGUGUGUGUGGUCCUGCUCUCUGGGCUCACUACACUGGCAGAGGGACAGCAAAUCUACCUGACUCUGGGAUCUGGUCCUAGGAUCACUACUGACAAUACUGAGAUCUUCAUCACUACCAUUGGGGAGGAUGGUAGUCUCCCUUCUCUCACCUGUCACACUGACCUCACUACCUGCUGUAGAAGUGGUGACAACAAUGCCAUGGGAGCACUAGGACAGUGGACGUAUCCUAAUAGGAGUGUGAUACUGCAAAAUGGUGGCUCAAUGACUGCUGGACAACAGUUCUACAGUGUAAGGAAGGCACCUCAGGUCAUCAGACUGGCUCGUAGAGAGGCUAACAACCCCCUCACUCCAACCGGGUCCUACUGUUGUACUGUACCAACUACUGGAGGAAAUAUGACCCUCUGUGCUAACCUGGUCCCAUGUUGUGAUAAUCUCCCGGCCCUCACUAAUGGAGCCAUAACCUAUGAUGGUGGACCCACUAACAACAGACCAGUGGGUGCUACAGCCACUUACAGCUGCUUCGAUUCCUACUUUCUGGCUGGAGUGUCAGUGAGGACUUGUGGGAGUGAUGGAAAGUGGAGUGGGUCAGCUCCAGUGUGUCUGAUAACCUGCUCUGACCUACCCUCACUGGCAAAUGGGGACAUCGACUAUGGUGGUGCUGGAUCCUCUGACAGCAGACCAGUGGACACUAUGGCCACCUACACCUGUAACCCUGGCUACACUCUCGAUGGAGGCACCACCAGGACUUGUGGGAGUGAUGGAGUUUGGAAUGGGUCAGCUUUAAAUUGUCAGCCUGACUGCCCUGACUUACCCUCACUGACCAAUGGGAUGAUCAUGUACAGUGCUGGAUCCACUAACAACAGACCUUUCCUUACUAGUGCUGUGCACUCCUGCAACACUAACUACACUCUUACUGGAGGUACUCUUAUUAGAGGUACUACCAGGGUCUGUUUGAGUGGAGGAAUCUGGGGUGGGUUACCUCCAACUUGUCAGCGAACUAUUUCAGGAACUUGUUUUGAUUUACCACGACUAAUGAAUGGAGACAUUGCCUACACUGCUGGACUUGCUGACAGCAGACCUAUUAAUACCAUUGCUACAUUCACUUGUGACAAUGGCUACACUCUCACUGGAGGGAGUGUCAGAGUUUGUCAGAAUGAUGGGACCUGGGAUGGAAUAACUCCAACCUGUCAAUUGAACACAGGACCCACUGAACCACCCACCACCUGUCCUGACCUCACUGUACCAGCCAAUGGAGUGAUCAGCUACAAUAUGGGGACUGCUAGUCUGAGACCAGUGGACACUGUGUCCACCUACACCUGUGACCCUGGCUACACUCUCAUGGGAAGCAGCACCAGGGUUUGUGGGAGUGAUGGAGUGUGGAGUGGGUUUGCUCCAUCUUGUCUGUCUAACUGCCCUGACUUACCCUCACUGACCAAUGGGAUGAUUAUGUACAGUGCUGGAUCCCCUGACAACAGACCUUUCAGCUCUAGUGCCGUGCACUCCUGCAACACUGGCUACACUCUCAGUGGAGGUACCACUACCAGGAUCUGUGUGAGUGGAGGGAUCUGGAGUGGGUCACCUCCAACUUGUCAAGUGAACACAGAUUCUCCACCCACUGAACCACCACCCACUACCUGCUCUGAUUUACCCUCACUGACCAACGGAAUGAUCACAUACAGUGACAGAUCCGGCAGAUCUAGUCACAACAGACCAGUGGGCAGUACAGCUACUUACUCUUGUGACAAUGGCUACCGUAUUGUUGGACAGGCGAUGACGACUUGUGGGAGUGAUGGAGUGUGGAGUGGGUUAACUCGAAUGUGUCAGCGAGUUUGUUUUGAUUUACCACCACUAAUGAAUGGAGUCAUUACCUACACUGAUGGACUUGCUGACAGCAGACCUAUUAAUACCAUUGCUACAUUCACUUGUGACAAUGGCUACACUCUCACUGGAGAGGGUGUCAGAACUUGUCAGAAUGAUGGGACCUGGAAUGGAACAACUCUCACUUGUCAAUUACCUCCUGUCUACGUCUCCAUGGGAACCACCAACUAUGUUGUUAUGAACUCACAGGUUGCCAUAGAUACCAUCGGAGAUACCACUGAGACAGCAUUGACUUGCAGAACUGACUCAACUAUUUGCUGUAUAGGACAAGAUAAUCCCAAUAGUGCCAGUGGAUUAGGAGAUUGGCUACUACCAAAUGGAACAGCUGUCACAAGGAGUCCGGACAUUACUGAUUCAGACACUGAUCUACUGUACAGUGUUGGAGAUACAGGUGCACUCAGACUCCAUCGUCGAGGUUCUGUGUCAGGCCCCACUGGCUCCUACUGCUGUGUGAUACUAACCAGGAGUGGUGAGGUCUCCUUCUGUGUGCAGUUAGUGACUGGAGUCAUCACUACUUCUCCUCCAACCACUGAUGGAGCUAACAACAUAGGAGGUGUGGUGGCAGGUGUAGUCAUUGUGUUACUCAUUCUAGCCGCUGUCAUUGUGGUGGGUAUCAUUGUCGGGGUCUACUUCUGGAGGAAACAUCGUGGCAACCAGACCAAGUACAGCCCCUCCCCUCGCCAUGCCCCUCCCCCUCGCCCCACUCCCUAUCAAGCAUCCUUCAAGAAGAGCAACGGAGAAGACAGUAAAGUCACUAUUGAGAAAGUCGACGAGCCUAGUAUAGUAGAGUUUCCUAGUGAUACUCAUGUGACGGAGGGGGAGGAGGUGUAUCUGAGGGUGAAGGUGGGAGGUCACCCUCCACCCAGUCUCACCUGGUACCACGAUGGUAGGAAGGUGACUGCAGACUAUGCCACAGAACUGGACCAGGACGGUGGAUUAUCCUUCCCUAGUGUGGAGACUAAGCAUGCUGGUGUGUAUAAACUGGUGGUUACUGGAGCCUCAGGGUCAACAACACAACAGGUCGUCACGGUAACAGUGAUGAGUGAGGGUGGUGAGGCUAGUGACGGGGUGGAGGGGGUGGACUACGCCCCCGUACCUGUGACAGAGUUUGGAGCGUACGUGGCUGACCUCCAUGCUGGCAGCAAUAAGAAGUUCAAAGAUCUUUACAAGAAUCUGGACAGUGGGGAGAGGGGUCAUCCAGUGAUUAUUUCAGUGACUCCUGAGAACAAACUCAACAACAGAUUUGGCAACAUUGCUGUCUAUGAUGACAACCUCAUUAUCCUAGACCCCAUCCCUGGACAAGAGGACUGUCAGAGUGACUACAUCAAUGCCUGCUAUGUAGACGGGUACAAGAAACCUAACAAGUUCAUAGCAACACAAGGACCACUGCCAGGCACUCUGGUAGACUUCUGGCGUCUCAUGUGGCAGGAGAGACCACCCAUAAUAGUCAUGCUCACCAACCUCAUGGAGAACAAGAAGAUCAAGUGCGAACAGUACUGGCCAGAGUCUGGGAAGAAGCAGUUUGGACCAUUCACAGUGGCCAUUACAGAUCAGCAGAUACUGGCUGACUACACCAUCAGGACACUGGAGGCUUCAUUGGAUGGAGACCGCCGUGUGCUGAGAGUCAAGCUAUUCCAUUUCACUGCCUGGCCUGAUCACGGUGUGCCUGACUAUGCCACGCCCAUUCUUGGGUUCCAUCGUCGGGUCCAGUCCCAACACAAGCCAUCGAAAGGUCCUAUUCUGAUCCACUGCAGUGCUGGUGUGGGACGCACAGGCACUUACAUUGCCAUUGAUAAUGUCCUCGAUCAGAUCUCAGUCGAAGGUCUCAUCGAUAUUUCUGGUACCAUUGUCAAAUCUCGCAACCAGAGGAUGAAGCUUGUACAAACACAGGACCAAUAUGUGUUCAUCCACGAUGCUAUCCUGGAGUCAGUGACGUGUGGAGACACUCAGAUCAGUGCUGGAGAUCUGCGCAGACAGAUACAGAAGAUGUCAUUAGUGUCCCCGGGAAAAACCAUCUCAGAUUUCCAAUACCAGUUCCAAAUUCUGGAACAAGUUACUCCAAAUCCUAAAGAAGUUCGAAGUCCUAUUGCUGUUAAGAAUGCUGCCAGGAACAGGAACAUGGACUACCUGCCACCUGAGACCAGUCGUGUGAUUCUGAAGGGAGAGCAACCUGACUACAUUCAUGCUGUGUUUGCUCAUGGCUACAAGCACCAGAAGGCAUACAUCAUUGCCCAGAAUCCACUGGACUCAACUGUGCGUAACUUCUGGAAGGUGAUCUAUGACAGGAAGUGUGCGGCUGUUGUGAUGUUGACUCCACUCAGUGAGAAUGGGCAGGAAGCAUGCUCCCAGUACUGGCCAGAGAGUGGCAAUGUCACCUCGUUCGGUGAGUUCACCAUCGAUAACUUGGGGGAGGAAACCAACACUGGGUUUGUUAUGAGGCAACUGAGCGUACUCAAUGAAAAGACCCAAAAGGCCCAUCAAUUGACUCAGUUCCACAUCACUAACUGGAAGAGCAGUGGAAAGUGUGAGAACCUCAAAACUGUAACUGACGUGAAUGAGGAGGUUAUAAAGGUUCAAAGGAGGACUGGAAACAACCCUGUACUGGUCCAUUGCAAUGACACUGCGACCCGCUCUGGUAUGUACUGCUCUGUUGGUACUACCAUUGACCGUUGCAAGACAGAGGGAGUGGUGGAUGUAUUCCAGGUGGUCAAGGCUCUCAGGGUCCACAAGCCAGGGGCAGUACCCUCAGUCGACAACUACAAGGAUCUGUUUGAUGCUACUCUGGUCUACUUGGACUCCUUUGACAACUAUGCCAACUUCCAAGAUAUUUGAUGUACAUGAACUAUACAAGAAAUGAACACAAAUUGUAUAAUGCUUGAACUUUGUUGAUUUAUGGACAUGCCUAUAGAGUUAGACUUCUUUUUGUAUAUUAUAUGCAAUCAUAUUAUUUUGUAUGAUCCACCACAGCUUUUGUAAUCACACUGAAUUCGGAUUAUAGUUACCUCG